GAGGCGGAAGAGUCCCUGGAUCUGCGCCGGGGUGUCCCGGGACGGCUGAGGGGCCCCCCCCCGGGGUGCAGGAGAGAACCGCCGGGGCGGGCCGGCCGCGCUCGGGGUGUCGGGGCCGCAGGCCUGAGGGAUGAGGAGGCGCCAUGGCCAGCGACGGGGCCAGGAAGCAGUUCUGGAAGCGCAGCAACAGCAAGGUCCCGGGCAGCAUCCAGCACGUGUACGGCGCCCAGCACCCCCCUUUUGACCCACUGCUGCAUGGCACCCUGCUCAAGGCCGCGCCCAAGGCGCCCGCCACGCCCGUGAGGGCCAAGAGGGGCAGCACCUUCCAGGAGUUCGAGAGCAACACCAGCGACGCCUGGGAUGCGGGCGAGGACGACGACGAGCUCCUGGCCAUGGCGGCCGAGAGCCUGAACUCGGAGGUGGUCAUGGAGACGGCCCACCGCGUCCUGCGCGACCACAGCCAGCGGCAGGAGCAGCACAAGCGGCAGGCCCCGCGGCCCGGGCAGGAGCCCACGCCCGCGGCAGAGCCGCCUCCCGUCGCCAGCGGGGACCUGCGGCUGGUGAAGUCUGUCAGCGAGAGCCACACGCCCGGUCCUGCAGAGAGCGCCAGCGGCCCUGCCCCUCUGCACAGGUCCCAGUCGCUCCCGCACGCGGCCACCGUGGCCCUGGGCGGCACGUCCGACCCCGGGGCCCUCAGCAGCUCGGCGCUGAGUGAGAGAGAGGCCUUCCGGCUCGACAAGUUCAAGCAGCUCCUGGCCGGCCCCAACACGGACCUGGAGGAGCUGCGGAGGCUCAGCUGGUCCGGGGUCCCGAAGCCCGUGCGUCCCAUCACCUGGAAGCUCCUCUCGGGCUACCUUCCUGCCAACGCGGAGCGCAGAGCCGCCACGCUGCAGAGGAAGCGGGAGGAGUACUUCGCCUUCGUGGAGCACUACUACGACUCGCGCAACGACGAGGGCCACCAGGACACCUACAGGCAGAUCCACAUCGACAUCCCGCGGAUGAGUCCAGAGGCGCUGACGCUGCAGCCCGCGGUGACGGAGAUUUUCGAGAGGAUCCUGUUCAUAUGGGCCAUCCGGCACCCCGCCAGCGGCUACGUCCAGGGCAUCAACGACCUGGUCACCCCCUUCUUCGUGGUCUUCAUCUGCGAGCACGUGGAGGAGGAGGACGUGGACAUCGCCGACGUGUCCCGCGUGCCCGCGGACGUGCUGCGCAACGUGGAGGCCGACACGUACUGGUGCAUGAGCCGGCUGCUGGACGGCAUCCAGGACAACUACACCUUCGCCCAGCCCGGGAUCCAGAUGAAAGUGAGGAUGCUGGAGGAGCUCGUGGGCCGCAUCGAUGAGCAAGUGCACCGGCACCUGGAGCAGCACGAGGUGCGGUACCUGCAGUUCGCCUUCCGCUGGAUGAACAACCUGCUGAUGAGGGAGGUGCCCCUGCGCUGCACCAUCCGCCUGUGGGACACCUACCAGUCGGAGCCCGAGGGCUUCUCCCAUUUCCACCUGUACGUGUGCGCUGCGUUCCUCGUGAGGUGGAGGAAGGAGAUCCUGGAAGAGAGGGACUUCCAGGAGCUGCUGCUGUUCCUGCAGAACCUGCCCACGGCCCGCUGGGGCGACGAGGAGGUCAGCCUGCUGCUGGCCGAGGCCUACCGCCUGAAGUUCGCCUUUGCCGACGCCCCCAAUCACUACAAGAAGUGAGCGGGCCCGGCGCAGGCCCACAGGGGACACGCACCGCCGCCGGUGCAGGCCGUGGCCAAGGAGCGGCCGGCUGGACACCCGGCCCCGGCGCCUGCGGGAGGCGCAGCACGGCCCUGGCCUGGGAGGGCGGCGGCCUGUUGCUGAGAUACCAAAGAGAGCAGGGGAGGGUCCCGGCCGCGGGGCCACUGGUGGUCGGGCCCUCCCCGUCCUGGAGCGACCUUGCCAAAUGACCCCUCCUGGGGACCCCAGCGGCGGCCCUCGGAGAGCCUGCGUCGGGCGCAGGGACAGAGGGACAGGAGCCGUCACGCACUGACUCUGAAACGCAAACAUUCUCUUCUGUUGAGUGAAAGAAUAAAAUACAGACACA